UUCCCGCGGGGGCGGGAAUUCUGUAGAAGCAGCGCGGCGGUGACGUCAACGCUUUCCUCCCAGCCUCCUCCACUUCCUCUUCCUUUACAUCAAGGUGGUGCUGGUGUGACGGUGAGAGCUGCGGGCUACCGGAAUAAUAUAUACAGAAUAUCUUCAUCUGCAUUAAAGUGUCUGUGAAUGUGAAAGUCAUGUAUGAGUUAUCAGUGCUUAAGGUGACAGAUCCGAGCUGCUUUUUCUGUGAGAUACUGAAGCUGUAUGACAGUAAGGAAUACGAGCAGCUGUUUGAGGAGCUGAAUCUGCUGUAUGGCACAACGUACAGAGAUCUAGAAGAACUGAAGCCGGCGUCCUUAACUCUUGGGGCGUAUUGUGUCGUUUUCUGUGAAGAAAUGAAGAGCUGGUGCAGAGCUACCCUGGAAUCGCCCGCUUGUAGUGCUCAGUUUGAGAUAGUCGAAUGUUUUCUGCUUGACUACGCUUUGUACUGUCCCAUUAAGAAGAGCAACAUACGGUUUCCUCUGAAGGAAUGUGAAAAGGUUCCGAUCCGAGCAAGGAAGUUUAAGUUACACCAGAUUCAGCCGAUAUCGCUACACUUCAACGUGUAUGAGAACAAAUCAGACUUUCGAUUGACCAAGAAGUGGGACACUGCUGCCAUCCAUUAUUUUCAGCAACUGUUGAAUGAGUCGACCAAGGUCGAAGCACAGCUGUGUUCUGUGGAAGACAACUGCAUGAGCGUAUACCUUUAUCUUACUACUAAAGACUCUGUGAUUUGUGCUAAUGAUGAGCUAGUGGUAAAAAAGUUUGCUCGUUAUGCUGAGGAAAGUUCUACUAAGAAGAUUGAAAUUGGGAAAGGAGUUGUUCCCUUGUCACAAGAACUUCAGUCAUCGGAACUACAAAAUGGACACGCAAUGCUGCCCUUGUGCCAAGAACAACCCAAAUCUGUACAAAGUCAAGUGUCUACAGCAGCGAGUGCUUGCACUGGGUUACUGUUCCCGGCAUGGAGUGUUCUGGGUCUUUCACCAGGAAUAGCCAUAGGGAAUGUUGAGAAGACUGGUGCGGAGAUGAGGAGCCACAAUGAGGAGACUGCUGUCCCUCAUUACAAAGAAGAGUCUCAACCUUCAGGAUUCAAGAGUGAAAACCUGUUUCUUCAACUGGGCAAAGUGGCGCCUCCAUCCUUAGCAUGGGAGAUAGAGAACACAGCACUUCCACUGGGCAAAGAGUCACCUCCAUCCUUAGCAUGGGAGAAAGGGAACACAGCGCUUCCACUGGGCAAAGAGGCACCUCCUUCCUUAGCAUGGGAGAAAGGAGAGACAGUGCUUCCACUGGGCAAAGAGUCACCUCCGUCCUUAGCAUGGGAGAAAGGGAACACAACGCUUCCACUGGGCAAAGGGGCACCUCCAUCCUUAGCAUUGGAGAAUGGAGACGCAUCGCUUCCACUGGGCAAAGAGUCACCUCCAUCCUUGGCAUUGGAGAAAGGAGACGCAGUGCUUCCACUGGGCAAAGAGGCACCUCCAUCCUUAGCAAGUGAGAAAGGAGACUCAUUGCUUCCACUGGGCAAAGAGGCACCUCCAUCCUUAGCAUGGGAGAAAGGAGACACAGCGCUUCCACUGGGCAAAGAGGCACCUCCAUCCUUAGCAUGGGAGAAAGGAGACACAGCGCUUCCACUGAGCAAAGAGGCACCUCCAUCCUUAGCAUGGGAGAAAGGGCAAGCAGCGCUUCCGCUGGGCAAAGAGGCACCUCCAUCCUUAGCAUGGGAGAAAGGAGACACAGCGCUUCCACUGAGCAAAGAGGCACCUCCUUCCUUAGCAUGGGAGAAAGGGAACACAGCGCUUCCACUGGGCAAAGAGGCACCUCCAUCCUUAGCAUGGGAGAAAGGAGACACAGCGCUUCCACUGGGCAAAGAGGCACCUCCAUCCUUAGCAUGGGAGAAAGGAGACACAGCGCUUCCACUGAGCAAAGAGGCACCUCCAUCCUUAGCAUGGGAGAAAGGGCAAGCAGCGCUUCCGCUGGGCAAAGAGGCACCUCCAUCCUUAGCAUGGGAGAAAGGAGACACAGCGCUUCCACUGAGCAAAGAGGCACCUCCAUCCUUAGCAUGGGAGAAAGGGCAAGCAGCGCUUCCGCUGGGCAAAGAGCUUCCACUAUCACCCUAUCAAGAACACAAAGUGCCAACUAGCCCUGGCCCUUUAAUGAGCAUCCUAGAUCAUGGAUCAAGGCUGACUGCAGGGGUUCCAGAAAAUACUGACGUCCGUAUUAGGCUUCACAUUGAGGAGAACUCUGAUUCACCAGUGCAAGAAGAGUUACAGUCUUCAGAAACUGAGGCCUGUUCUCCAGAGUUAAUAUGGCCUGCGUGGAGUAAUAUAGAUCACAGACGAAGACUAUCUGGUGAGAUCAGAGAGAAAUCUGCUGGCAAAAUCAGCAUGCGGAGUGAUGGCAGGCCGACAUUAACAGAAGAAUGCCAGGAGAAACAAGCCUUCAUCAAACUUGUGCAGUGUUUAAACCCAACGCCUGAAGAAGAGUUAUUGGAAGACUAUAGAAAGUGUACCAGAAAAGCGCAAUAUCCAAUAUUUGUGAGCAAGUCCCUAAUAUCUUAUUCCACUCUUGAAUCUGCAACACUGUAUACAGAUAUUAAAAAGCGACUGUUGACGACUGGCUACGAUGGACCAAAUUUGACAGAGUCCUACUGUUGGGCCCCUAUAGCUCAGGGGUUUGAUACAAUUGUAAUCACUCAUAAAGGAUCAAAUCCUAUGUGUUACGUUCCUCCUCUGUUGUCAUUCCUAAAUAUUGCAUCAGUUGCGUACAAAUACCUGGCUGCAAAACAUGGGCCCUAUGCAGUGAUCAUCUGUCCGGGAUGGGACAAGGCCCAUGAAGUGUACAAGCUGCUGAUGGACUAUAGUAAAUGCAUCCGUCCAAUAAGCCCCAUGCUUCUGUUGGUUGGACUUAAAAAGGAGGAGGUUGAGAGCAUUAACCUUAGAAAGCAAUGUGAAGUGAUCGUCACUACACCAAAUAGCUUGCUGAGAUGUUUGGCGCAUCAUGGAUUCCUUUUACUGAGGCUCUGCCAUCUAAUUCUUGAUGAGGUGGAUGUAUUAUUCUCCAAAGCCGGGCCACAAAUGUCAGUGAUAUUAGAAACCUACAAGAAAAUGGUGUCAUCUGAGAAUAGAGACGUAACUCCUCAGCAGAUUGUGGCUGUUGGCAGUACGUGGCACCACGACAUUGAGCUGUUAUUACAGUACACCACAAGUCCACAGGUUAUAAUCACCAGAAUGGAGCAGGCAGCAGUCUUUGCAAAUGUCCAACAGGUGUUAGAGAUGUGCCUAGACUGUGAGAAAUUGUCUGUAUUUCUGCAGUGCUUAGAUGUCACACCAGUGAAUGCCGAGAAAGUCCUCAUCUUCACAAAGUCUUCUGAGGAAGCUGAAUUGGUGCACAAAGCUGUUAAAGCUAACUCCAUCUACUGUUUAUUGCUACACCGGAAUCUAAUGCACAAUUUUAACCAUGUUCUGGAGCAGUGGAAUAAGAUUUAUAGCCGUGGAACAGUCGUGGCCUUGGUGGUCACAGAUGACUUUGCACCUAUUAUGGAGAUCACAGAUGCCACCUGUAUUAUCCACUGGAGUUUUCCAGAGAACGUUGGUGUAUUAAGUCUGCGUCUGUUUUCUUUGCUGGAUUACAUUCAGAGUAAAAUCAAUAAGGUGACAGUGGAUAAAGAGGACUACUUGAGGGCCAAGUCUGUGUUGCUAAUGACAGAGAAGCAAGCAUGCCACGCAGUUGAACUACUGAAUUUUUUACAACAAACACAGGCCACAAUCCCACCAGAACUCUUACUCCUUACUCAUGGGAUCUCAAAGGCCAUGGAUGACAUAAAGUCACAGCGGGAACUUUGCCCAUAUCUUAAAACUCUUGGGUAUUGCAUCCAUGAUAAAUUCUCCUGUCCCGACCGGCAUCGGAUUAAUCCCGCUCUGGAUCUUCACAGUGGAGUAUCCCCCAUUCCAGAGACAAGCCAGUACAUAAACGUUCUCCCCCUCUGUAUUGUGGAUGCAACUCGAUUCUUUGGACGUAUAGUAACGAAAAGCGAUCCAUAUGAUAAACUUGUUGCACAUCUCAGUGAUUAUUACCAGUCACCUAUCAAUACAUUGCCAAAGCAAAAAGUGGUGUGCAAACAGUUGUAUGCAAUGAAAGACGAUUCCACUUAUCACAGGGUCCUAGUGUUGUCUACAAAGACGGUGGAUAACAUUUUGUAUGCACAUGUGCAGUACAUCGAUGAUGGAAAGGUGGAUGAGGUCCUUGGAAAUAACUUGUUACCGCUUCCCCCAGCAUUUCACAUGCUCCCACCUCAGUGCAUGGAGUUCAUUGUGUGUAGAGUGAAGCCCAUUGAUAAUGAGGACAAGUGGGAUCCUAAAGUGAUCAGGAUUAUUAGUAGGAAUGUGAGAGGAAAACAACACAGAGCUAAAGUUGUUCUCAUUCUGGGAAACACUUACUGGCUGGAUCCCAUGGUGCAGGUGAGCACUCUGGAUGGUUUACCUGCCUGUGUGUAUGAGCUUAAUGUUCGGCUUGAGAUCCUAUCUACAGGCCUGGGGACAGAUAACCCACAACAUGUAGCCCAGUUGCAAGCAUUACUGGAACCGAGCGGCUCGUCAACUGAAGUCAGGGCAUCAGAUGAGCAAUUGACAAGUCUUGCCCGGAAUACUGAUGACCACUGCGUUUCAGCUCCCCCUCAUCUGGAGGUUACAGAUUCUGAUAAACAAGAUUAUAUACCUGAUGAUGCAGAACCUCCACUGAAUGUCUCAUCUCCAAGCCUGCACCCAGAAAUCCUUUGGUGCGAAAAAGACGAUGAUCUUAUCAUAACUGUGAAGUUACGAGGGAUUACAGAUUACAAGUGUAUGUUUUAUAGGGACAGGGUCGUGUUUAGUUGUGAAGCUGGAGGGAAGCAAUAUAAAGCAGAUCUGGAGCUCUACAAAGAGAUUGUGGAAGAGAAGUCCAAGUGCUCCAUUAAAAACGGAGAACCUGUUAUAUCAUUAAAGAAAAGUAACGUUGAGAUAUGGAACAAGUUUUUAAAAACAAAGAAUCCAAACGUGCGGUUUGAUUUUGAGCACUUAGAGGAUUCCGAGGAGAACAUCUGGCUUCCGCCACAUCCCAAAUCCUCCCAAAAGUUUUACUCUGCGAUAAGUGAAGAGAUGGUGUCCUCUGAAUACAGCGGAUCUGAAAGCGAUUAGUCCAAGUUCUCAUCAGGCAGCAACCCACAAGGAUGGUGGCGAUUACACGUUCAGGCGGAUCUGAUGACACUUUGAGGGGCCUGGAAAACAAUCUCCCAUUUAUUUACAUGCAGUUCAGGAUUCUUGGGUUAAACAUUUCUG